AUGGUACUUCAAGAUAGCAAGGGGUCAAGGAUGCAUGCCUCAGUUUAUACGGCUAUUGUUAAGAAAUGGAGUCAUGUCAUAACUGAGUUUCAAAUGUACACCAUGAGCAACUUUGUUGUUCUGCACGAUCUUAUGGAGAGUAAUAUACCAUGUGUUGGUGUUCUUCAAAAUGUCCGAAACAACCAUAUCAACUGCAUUUUGUUUGGUGACCUGGUGGACCACAUUCUCCCUCAUAUUGAAGAUGGGAGAGUAGAGCCAUUGAUUGUGGUGUUUCAAUACUUUAAAGCAUAUAGGUGGAAUGGUACCAUGUCGAUGCAGAGCCAUUUUUAUGUAUCAAAGCUACAUUUUGACCCUGAAAUUAAAGAAGUUGUUGUGUUUAGAAGCAGGAUGUUAUGUGGUGCACCAUCCAAUUCUCCCAGGAUCAGUCAAACAAAUACUGAUGUUAAUAAAUUGCCUAUGGAAAGUCCCGUUUGGAUUGCUGCAACUGUAGUUUCUAUAAAUGCAAGCAAGAGCGAUUGGUACUACAAAUCAUGUAGGAGGUGCCCAAAGAAAAUUGAAACUCCUAUUGGAAAAAGAUAUGAAUGCACUAAGUGUGGACACACACAUGGAUGUGCCGCUAUUAGAUACAAACUUGAGGUGAUGGUAUGUGAUGGAACAAGGAGCAUGACUUUGUUAUUGUGGGACAGGGAAACAACACAAUUGACCGGAAAGAUUGCUGAAAAAGUUGUGGAUGAGGAGGCAAUAUUCAAGAUAAAUGUUAAAAUGGCAAACAUCAAGCAAUACGAUCAAGUUUACACAGUUAUCAAGAAAAAUGGCUACAGCAACUUAGUGGAUAUGUCAGGCCAUGUUGUCAAUCUUAAAACCGAUACUGAUCCUCAUUUUAGCAUGGAUGGCCUUGAAGAUAGCGUAUCAAGUGGCAAGUAUAAGACUCCAGCUAUAAGUGCUUCCAAUGGGAUAAACGAUGUUGCGAAAAACUUGUCCCAACAUGAAGAAAAAGGUCAAUUUUUCACUAAUCGUUUUAGUAGGAGAGCUGCAAAAAAAGCAGAAGAUUCAGUUAAUUGA